CGAGCCCCCUCCCCUCCCCUCCGUCCCGAGUCCCGUGACCGCCCCCGGGGUCGCCGGUUUCCGCGACCCCCAAAUCCGCGUGCGCCGCCGCCCGGCCCGGCCCGGCCCCAUCCCCCGCCUAAAUCCGCUCCCCCAAGGGAAGGGACUCUCCAAGUCUUCCAUCGGCGCCCGUCGCCCUCGUCGUCCCUUGUGCUCGCGCGGGAGGCGCAGAUCCAUCCCGACCCGGGCGGGGGUUGAUUCCUCUCUCCUCCUCCUGCUGCUGUUCGUGAACCGCGGCGGGACAGACAAAUGUGACUUCUUCUCUGCGCGGCAGGGUUGGAUCAUCUUCCCAGUCCCACGCGAAAGCUGUGAUCAUUCCGUUGCGCUGCUGACGAAAGAUAACGGCGAUGUUGGAACAACAGUUGCUCCUCUGAGCACCAGGCCUCCUGCCCACGCUACCCUGGCGACUCAAGUCAGGGGGGUGUGGGAAAUAACCCGGUGCGGUGAAUAACCAUGGACAGAAGAGCUGGGGCAAUCCUAGUGUGCCUGCUCUUCGUCCUGGUCCGGGACGUGUCGGCCGUCGCUGAGACCGAGGCCGGCAAUGCGCGGUUAGUGCAGGAGGCGCCCCACAGGAAGCUGGAGGGCACGGGGAGGCAGGAUGGCGGUAAGGUGGGGAGGGUGUCCGUGUCAACUGUCGCAUGGUCUACGCUCGUCAUGGCUGCGGCAACUGGGCUGGGAGCGGUGCCCUUCUUUUUCAUGGAGCUGGAAGCUCAGUGGGCGGGCCUCUGCAAUGGGAUGGCGGCCGGGGUGAUGCUGGCUGCAAGCUUUGACCUCGUGCAGGAAGGGCAGGUGUAUGGCAGUGGGAGCUGGGUUGUUUUCGGAAUUUUGAGCGGAGGAGUAUUUAUUUGGCUCUGCAAGAAGUUUCUUGAGCAAUAUGGAGAAGUAAGCAUGCUGGAUAUUAAAGGUGCAGAUGCAAGUAAAGUUAUCCUUGUUGUUGGAAUAAUGACUCUCCAUUCUUUUGGGGAAGGCUCUGGUGUGGGGGUUUCCUUUGCUGGCUCCAAAGGAUUUUCUCAGGGUCUUCUAGUUACUAUAGCUAUAGCAGUGCACAACAUACCAGAAGGCUUGGCUGUAAGCAUGGUACUGUCAUCUAGGGGUGUGUCCCCCCAAAAGGCAAUGAUAUGGAGUAUCAUAACAUCUUUACCACAGCCAAUUGUUGCUGUUCCUGCUUUCCUUUGUGCCGAUGCGUUCCAGAAGGUGCUCCCCUUUUGUACUGGUUUUGCGGCAGGAUGCAUGAUAUGGAUUGUUAUAGCAGAGGUUCUUCCUGAUGCUUUUAAGGAAGCGACUCCAUCACAAGUUGCUUCUGCUGGAACGCUUGCUGUUGCUUUCAUGGAAACAUUAAGUACUGUGCUUCUGGGAUUUACUGAUGGCAACAGCUCGGAGGAUGCAUCAGGUUUCUUGGUAUCACUUGUAUUUGGACUGGGUCCACUUAUUGGAGGAAUUAUACUUGUCACAUUCUCUCUUGCCUUCAGCAUGUCACACCCUCUACUUACUGGUGUGGCAUCAGGCAUUGCUUUCCGUCUUGCAGCAUGGAGACCUGUACAGCUUCUCAUGUCCUCAAAAAUGGGUCUCUUUACCACACUCUUUCUCCUCAUUGGUGGUUCCCUUGUCUACCAUGUUGCCACAUCAAGCAUCCUUAGGGUGGUUAAUCGCAAGAAAUCCUCCGUUAAUGUCAUUACAUCAUCCUCCGGCUUCUCUCUUAGUGCCCUCACACUGCAAUCGCUCCUUUCUUGCGGUGCUGUAUUCCUUCAUGCAUACGCGGAAGGACUUGUACUUGGUGUCGCGGCUCGCAAGGCUUAUGGCCUUGGCCGUUAUAUGGUUCUUCCAGCCUCCCUCCAUGGUCUGCCACGAGGUGCGGCUGUCGCUAGCUGUGUUUAUGGUGCCACAGAUAGCUGGCGCGGAGCCCUGGCAGCGGCUGUUCUGACUGGGUUUGCAGGACCUAGCGCCGCCAUCAGCGCGAUCCUUGCGAGGAUCGACUAUGAUGGGCUCGAUCAUUGGAUGGUGAUUGCAUGUGGGGCUCUAAUCCCCAGCUUUGGCCGUGUUUUCAGGCGGUCCUUGCGGUUGGACAUGCGGAAGAGCAUCGUGGGUUUGCUGAUAGGCAUCGCCUUUGCCUCCGUGUGCUUGAUGUCGAAUAGGUUCAUUUGCUUGCACACUCCUUACUGCAACUCAGCUCCAGAAGCGGUCACAUAACCUGUGCUGUACGGGGCUGUUGUGUGAAACACAUGUAACACCAGUGUAAUGACUUGUGACUAUACAAGGAAUGGAAGAGGUUAGUUAUAUUGCAGUGAGGAGCGGAUGCAUCUUGUAUGGCUGAUCAUUGAUGUGCGGUGGCUGUAAAAGUUUUUCCAAUGCAACCUGGUGGAAAUAUUAAAGCUGGAACAACGUUGAUUUUGUGCGCCAAA